GGGCUUUGUGUUUUUUGGUCCAUAAAUAUCAAAAAAACUUUUCUUAUUCUCGGUUUUGUCUGACAUAAACAUUAAAUUCGGUUGAACAGAAAAAAUGAAAAACAUUAAAAAUUCAUAUCUGUAAGCCAACAAAGAAAAAGUCUUGUUAAUUUACAGAAAACAAUGUCACAUUUAAUUUACAGAGGUGGAAAAUUCAAAGUCUCUUUCUUGUCACAUCAUCAAUUCACACACACACUAUGCAUCUCUUCGUUUUCACAAGCUCCCUCUCCGCUCCGCUUCUUCUUCUUCUUCUUCUUCUUCUUCUUUAGUUCUUUAGGUUUCUCUACUCUUAACCCAAAUCCACAAAACUGCAAAUGCUAAAUCAAAUCUGUUUUCAUCGUCCCCCAAUUCCAAAUGCCAAACUCUUUCUCUUCUUCUGACCCAUUUCUCAAAAUUCUCAACUUUUCCUUCUUUUCACUGAUUUGUUUUCUCUUCAAUUCUUUUAGGUCAGAAAUUCUCAGUGAGAGAGAGACGAAAGUGAAAGACUUUCGUUGUUUUUAGGGUUUCAAUCUUCAGUAUCUCAGAUUUUCACAUCUGGGUAUUCGUCUUGGUGCCUACAUUAUCUUGUUGACGUUUAGACUAUUUCGAAUUUGAUGGUAGAAAUGGAGGCUGUUGAGAGGAAACGAUCCAGAGGAGGUUUUCUAAAUAUGUUUGAUUGGCCUGGUAAAUCCCGUAAGAAGCUCUUCUCCUCUAGCAGCAGCAGCUCGAAACUCUCCGAAGGAUCAAAGCAAGAGAAACAAAAUGCUCAAAACCCCUCAAAGUCAUGGCCCUCUCUGAUUGAGGGAGAUGAGAUUGGAAAGAAUUCAACUUACAAUCCCAGAAGUGACUCGAGUUGUUCAACAUCCACUCCCACUAGUGAUGAUGGACAAGGUUCCAAAGCUCCAAGUGUUGUUGCGAGGCUCAUGGGUUUAGAGUCUAUACCUGUACCAAAUGCCUUGGAGCCCCGGCGUAAUCCUGAUUUUGAUCCAUACUUCCUCAGAUCCUCACGCAAGGCAAGCACAUGGGAUGCAUAUGAGAAUUUGGGUUAUGUAAAUCUCCGCAGUGACUAUGAUGGUAUUUCUUGGGACCAUUUGGAUUCAAGAAUGAACAAGGAGUGUAACCGGCCUAUCGACCGCUUUCAAACCGAAACGUUACCUCCAAGGUCGGCUAAACCAAUCCCUGUCACCCACAAUAGGCUCUUGUCUCCUAUCCGGAGUCCUGGGUUUGUUCAGUCCAGGAACCCUGCUUCUGUAAUGGAAGAAGCUUCGAGAAUGAUUGAACCAAGUCCUCGGGUAGUUGCUAAAACACGGUUUUCAUCAUCUGAUUCCUCUUCAUCACUUCCAAUGAAAAUCAGAGAUUUGAAAGAGAAACUAGAAGCUUCACAGAAAGGACAAAGCCCUCAAAUCUCAAAUGGCACUUGCAAUAAUAAGUGCUUCAGAGGAAAGCAAGAUGAAAAGAGAACUACAUUACCACUCAAGACACAAGAGCGAAAUAAUUUAUUGGGAGAAAGCAGGUUUGGUGGUUCGAAGGGUAAAGUGAAGCCGCCCUCUGUAUCUGCACAUGCAAAGGCCAAUACUAUUCACAAGCGAGACAGUUCAAUGCUCUCAAAUGGCUACAGAGACCAAAAGAAGAAGGUGGAAACUAAGAACCGCAUAGUAAAAAGUGGUCUUAAAGAAUCUUCUGCUAGCACUAGGAAAACCGUUGAUAAGCCAAAUAACCAGAAACAGAACCAAUUUGCUGAAACGUCUGUUUCAAAUCAGAGAGGCAGAAAAGUGAUGAAGAAAGUAAACAAAGUUUUGGUGGAAAACGGAACUACAACUAAGAAGCCUGGUUUUACAGCAACAUCAGCGAAAAAGAGCACUUCUUCAUCUUUGUCCCGCAAAAAGAAUCUUUCCCGCAGCAAAAAACCGGCAAAUGGGGUGCAAGAAGCUGGAGUUAACAGUGAUAAACGGAUCAAAAAGGGUGAGAAGGUGAUAAAAUGUAACAUCACCGUCGAUGGCGGGUUGAAGACAGGGGACGAUGAUCGAAAGAAGGACAUGGAUGUGAUUUCGUUCACUUUCUCAUCCCCGAUCAAAGGUUUAUCAUCAGAUUCGCAAUACUUUUUAAAAAAGAAUGAUCAAGAUGCAGAGUCAGCACUUUGUUUCAAUAAGAUAGAUAGUGAUUCUCUAAAUUUUCUGUUGGAGAAAAAGCUCAGAGAACUAACCUCUAAGAUGGAGUCAUCUUGCAGUAGUCUGACCCAAGAAGAAGAGUCUUCGGGUUCCAUUACAAAGGAUUGGGUGAAUGGGACAAGAUCAUUGCCGUCAGAUGAUCAGGAUAACGGUUUAUCAGAAAGCGAAUCUGAUUCUGACUAUAGUAGUUCAUUCUACAAAAAGAAAAUAUUCCAGGCAGAAGAUGAUGAGGAAGUUAACAGUUUCAGCACUGCCGAAAAUCUCCAAAUCUCCUGCAGCACGAGUUUCUCAAGUUCACGCAAUGAUUAUCACCAUAACAUUGAAGAAACCGAACUCUCAGAAUCUGUUGCUUUAUCAGAAGCUGAAGAAGGUCAUGACUGGGAGCUCGAGUACAUAACGGAGAUCAUUGCCUCUGGCCAACUGAUGAUUAAAGAAUUCUCCUUGGGGAUGGCUACUGAUAUAUUACCUCUGAGCUUAUUCGAUGAAACCGAAGGCAAGAGAGAUGCUCGGGGAAAGAUCGAGAGAAAAACACUGUUUGACUUGGUGAAUCAGUGGUUAACACUCAAAUGCGAGCAGAUGUUCAUGGGAACCUGCAAAGGAGUGUUGGGGAAACAAGACAUUUUUCUUGAAAGGAGAGAGAUUUUGGCAGACCAAGUGUUGAAAGAGGCUCAGGGAUUGAAGAAGAUGAGAGAGAUGAUGAUGGAUGAGCUAGUUGACAAUGACAUGAGUAGUUGUGAAGGGAAAUGGCUUGAUUACAUGAGAGAGACUUACGAAGAAGGAAUUGAGAUUGAAGAAGAGAUUGUGUCCGAAUUAGUUGAUGACUUAAUUAAUGAUCUUAUCAUGUGUUGUUGACACCAAUCCUUUGGUCUUCUUCUCUCCAACAUGAGAGUGAAAUUGUUUUCUAUAGGAUAAAAACAAGAUUAGGCUGAACUAAAUUCUGUCACAGGCUGAACUAAAUUUUUAUCUCUGAAAUCGAAAAUACUUAAAAGUCUUCUGAUAGCACAUGAACAUAAAAGUGUCUUAUACUAAAAAUAAA